AUGCUGUCUCUGAUUCAGUCGCUACGGCCGACUGUGGCCAUGAACAACGUGGCGCAGAUGUUUGUGCGAAACACUUGCAAGUCCGCCCAUGUCAAGACCAAAAAGGCCGUUGCCAACCGAAUCAAGAUCUGUGGUAGUGGAAAGAUCACCAGAGGAAAAACCGGACGAAAGCACGGAAACACUGGAUGGUCCGCUGCUCUGCUGCGAAAGAAGACCGGUAUGACCGAGCUCACCGGUUUCCAGAAGAAGCAUGUCAAGAAGUACGUGCCUUUCAAACAAUCCCCUUAA